GUAACAUGCGUGUCCAUCCAUGCUCACCCCCUUCCUUCCCACCCUCUCUUCGCGCUUGCAGGGCUUCCGGCCGGCUGUCAUGACCUCUUCCUCGAGGGGCAGGAGCAGAAGAGCGGGGUCUUUGAGAUCCAGCCCCCUGGAGCCCCGGCGUUCAAAGUCUUCUGUGAUAUGGAGGACGGCGGCUGGACCGUGAUCCAGAGGCGCUUGGACGGCUCGGUGGAUUUUGACCGACUCUGGGACGCUUAUAAGGAGGGCUUUGGAAAUCUGACAGGAGAUUUCUGGCUCGGUUUGGAGAAGAUGCACCGGAUGGUGAAGGAGGAGCAUUUUCAGCUGCUGGUCGAGCUGCAAGAUUGGGAAGGCAACUCUCAGAAAGCGCACUUCCUCUUCCGGCUGGGCGGGGAGGAGACGGCUUACACCCUCAGCCUCCUGGGAGCCAUCCGGGGGGAGCUGGAGAGCGCCAUGGGGGACUUCCCCCAGCUGCCCUUCUCCACGCGGGAUCGUGACCACGAUCUGAAGGGUGACACCAACUGCGCCAAGCACCUCUCAGGAGGCUGGUGGUUUAGCUACUGCGGCCACGUCAACCUGAACGGCAAAUACUUCCAGUCCAUCCCACGGCAGCGGCACGAGAGAAAGCAAGGCAUCUUCUGGAAGACCUGGAGAGGGCGCUACUACCCCCUGCGAUCCGCUACCAUGAAGAUCCGCCCUGCAGAGCCGGAAUGGGCGUCCUAAGCCCCUCCUUUGCCCCCCCCAAGAGACUGGUUACGGCCCUUCUUCCUGCCCCGUUCCCGCGAGACACAGCUGGUCUCUGUCUCCGGAGCCCUGGCAGCUGGGGGAAGAGCACCUGGGCACGGGGUCGCUGCUGGGUUGCGGGGCCAGAGGAAUUUGGGGAGCACCACCUUUCAGCCUCCUGCUAUUUGGGGAACGUCUUUUGGGCGGCUGUUUCUGCUGAUUUCAUGCCCCUCCAAAAUGCAAAACAGCUGGGGCUUCCUCCCUCCUCCGCCUUCCCCAAAAUAUAUGUGCAAAGGCAUUGAGACAGCUAUGGGGUUGUGGGGAGGCUAGCGAGGUGUGGGGGGAAGGAAGACCACUCCCCACUGCAAAUGUGACCUCGAUGUAGGAGGGCACACAAUGCGGGGGCCUCUUUCACAGACCUUCCAAACUGCCCUCUUUGAAUCUAAUGCGCCCCCCCCCCACCCUCCUCUCCUCUCUGGAUCUCCUUUAGGUCAUAUUGACUUAAAAUGCUCCUGGGUUUCUCUUGUGCAGGACAUUUGUCCGGAGGGGGUUGGGGGUCAGUGGUUACAUGUUACGUGUGUUUUUCGUCCCCUCUUUUCCAAUGCGUGUUAUUUUUUAAAAAAACAAACACCUGGACCAUCACCGAGUGAAUAUUGUCGUGUAAACGUUACGAAACUGUGCUUCGGAUGCUCGCCGUUAAAAGAGACGGGCGAUUUUUAUUUUAUUUUUUGUUUCUUCCUCUUUGCCUUUUUUUUUUGUUUUUAAAUCUUUUUAUACUUAGGUGUGUGAGACUUUGUGGUCAGUGAUAUGUCUUUUGGGCUUUGAUGUAUAAUAAUUAAAAACGA